AUGACAACUAUUAAAAUUGAACCAGAAACGCUAGCGUUUACUACUCCAUUAACUGCAGAAUCUACAGAUUAUAUUGAAAUUACUAAUGAUAGUGAUGAAGUAUUUGCUUUUAAAGUUAAGACAACAGCUCCAAAAUUAUAUUGUGUUAGACCAACAGCAGGGAAAGUUUCCCCCGGUGAAACUAUGAAGAUAGAAAUAAUAUUUUUAGGUUUAGCUGAAGAACCACCCAAGGAUAGUAAAUGUAAGGAUAAAUUCCUUGUCUUAACUUUACCAGCUCCUUAUGAUCUGGAUGGUAAGAGUGUUCCUGAACUUUGGAGUAGUUUAGAAGCUGAAUUCAAGAAGGAUAUGGUCUCCAAGAAGAUUAAAGUUAAAUUCACUGAAGCUCCAAUCGUUGAUGAUACUGCCGCUGCUGCUGUUACUCAACCAGCUGUUAUUGCUUCUGCUCCAAUUGUACCAGAAGUACAAAAGGAACCUAUUGUUGAACAAGUCAAACAAGUUAUCCCAGACAUUAAGAAAGAUAUUGUUACUCCAAUUACAGAACCUGUCAAGGCUGUCCCUGUACAAACCCCAGUUAAAUCAACCACUGAGGAAAAAGCUUCAACUCCUGUAGCUAAUUAUGAUGUUCCUUUAGCUAAGGGACAACCAACAGACUCUGCCACCAGCAAUUCUAACAUUUUAUUGUUAAUUGCUAUUGUAAUUUUCCUUCUAGCAUGGUUAUACUAUUAA